AGCCUUGUUCACUUUAAUAGUACGAUUUUACAUCUCUUUCUGGGUAACUACCAACCAAAUUGAUAGCAAUCACAUAAUACACUGACAAACGUCAACCUAAGCAAGUUGCGCUUCCCUUUUCUGGUUAUAUGUCUAUAACCUUUGAUAGAAUACAGAUAAUUGAACAAACUUUGUUGCACUACAUUCUUGAUUAAAUUAUGUUUCCAUUGCUAUAUAAUAUUAUUGUAUUACAGUCAUACCUCAGGUUACAGUCACUUAAGGUUGCGUGUUUUCGGGUUGCGCACUGAGCCGAACCUGGAAUUACCAGAAUGGGUUACUUCCAAGUUUCAGUGCUUUCACAUGCGCAGAACCACCAAAUUACGACCCACGCAUGCGCAGAUGCAACGCUGCAGGUUGCGAACGCUGCGGGUUGUGAACAUGUCUCCCACACGGAUCAUGUUUGCAACCCGAGCAUCCACUGUACUCCAAAAGAAGUGGUGUUAUGAGCCAUCAAACAUCUGAAAUGCACUUUUUUCUAAAAGGCUUUCACAAUUUUACCACUACAGUAUAUCAAAGAAAGCAACAUUCAACAACCCAUCAGAAUCUAAUAAGAAAUAUGUUGGUUAAUGACAAACCACAAAGAUUGUGAUGAAUUGGAAAUUGAGAACAAAGGUGAACACGACAAAAUCCCCAGAGAGGAGAAGCCAUGCAAAAAUUUGGAGUGUGGAGACAGCUACCCUCAGAGCUCCAAUCUCACUAAGCAUCAGAGAAUUCAUACAGGAGACAAACCCUAUCAGUGUGUGGAAUGUGGAAAGAGCUUUAGUCGGAGCUACUCUCUCACUUACCAUCAGAGAAUUCAUAGAGGGGAGAAACCCUAUCAGUGUGGGGAAUGUGGAAAGAGCUUCAGGGAGAACUCCAAUCUCACUUCCCAUCAGAGAAUUCAUACAGGGGAGAAACCCUAUCAGUGUGGGGAAUGUGGAAAGAGCUUCAGGGAGAACUCCAGUCUCACUUCCCAUCAGAGAAUUCAUACAGGGGAGAAACCCUAUCAGUGUGGGGAAUGUGGAAAGAGCUUCAGUCAGAAUGGCAAUCUCACUUGCCAUCAGAGAAUUCAUAGAGGAGAGAAACCCUAUCAGUGUCUGGAAUGUGGAAAGAGCUUCAGUACAAGCUCCCAUCUCACUUCCCAUCAGAGAAUUCACACAGGUGAGAAACCCUAUCUGUGCUUCAAAUGUGGGAAGAGCUUCAGUCAGAAAGAGGGUCUCACUUCCCAUCAGAGAAUUCAUACAGGGGAGAAACCCCAUCAGUGUGGGGAAUGUGGAAAGAGCUUCAGGGAGAGCUCCACUCUCACUUCCCAUCAAAGAAUUCAUACAGGGGAGAAACCCUAUCAGUGUGGGGAAUGUGGAAAGAGGUUCAGUACAAGCUCCCAUCUCACUUCCCAUCAGAGAAUUCAUACAGGGGAGAAACCCUAUCAGUGUGGGGAAUGUGGAAAGAGCUUCAGGGAGAGCUCCACUCUCACUUCCCAUCAGAUAAUUCAUACAGGGGAGAAACCCCAUCAGUGUGGGGAAUGUGGAAAGAGCUUCAGUAGAAGCUCCUAUCUCACUUCCCAUCAGAGAAUUCAUACAGGGGAGAAACCCUAUCAGUGUGGGGAAUGUGGAAAGAGCUUCAGUUGGAGCUCCCAUCUCACUUACCAUCAGAGAAUUCAUACAGGGGAGAAACCCCAUCAGUGUGUGGAAUGUGGAAAGAGCUUCACUAAGAGCUCCUAUCUCACUUCCCAUCAAAGAAUUCAUACAGGGGAGAAACCCUUCAUUAUAUUGCUUUAGGAGCCAGGCUAAUACGCACCUUUUUAACCAGGCCUUUGGCUGAUUGACAUCUAAGGCCCUUUUAAAAUGUGGUGGGGAGUUGAGUUACUGAUGUGUAUUUUGUGUUUUUAUGUUGUGUUUUUAUGUUGUAACUGUCCUGAGACAUGUGGGAACAGUAGUCAACUUUUAGAGGCCGAGGGGUUUUUGCCCCCCAAUAGUAUAUUUGAGGGGGCCACCCCCCCAGUUGAUAGGCAUUGCCAUUCCAAUGCCCUUUAUGCAUCAUGUGAUUGAUUGUGCAAAGCAGGCCUUACCUGGCCCCUUCCUCCAAUAUUUUAUUCAAGUCCGCACCACUGGGUCGGGUGGUAUAUAAAUUAAAUAUAGACAUAAAUCACCUUCCUUUGCACAUGUU